AUGGCAGUGUGUCAAUAUACAUUUUUAUGCUUUUUGUAUUUUUGGCACGAUAUACUGGAAAAAGUAAAUAAUACUCAAAUUUACCUACAGACAAUAGGUCUAUCUCUUGAUAAAGUUAUAAUAAAAAUAGAAGCUCUUAGUCUUUUUUUAAACGAAGAAAGGCAAAAUGUAGUUGACAUGGCACUAAAUAAAGCACUUUGUGUAUCAAAAGAACACGAUAUUCCAAUUGAGAGAAGAAUAAGAUUGAGAAAGAAGAUGGCGGGAGAAUUGGUAUGUGAUACUAAACUCACAAUAGAAGAAGAAAAUAAAAGAACUAUGUAUGAAUAUAUUGAUCGUCUAAAUGUUGAACUUCAAAUAAGAUCAAAACCAUUAAAAAAUAUUUUAGAUAUGUUUGAAUGUGUCCAAGCUGAAUUUUUAGUUUCUGAACAUAAUAAUGAAGAAGACUUGACGUUAUCUAUUAAAAAGUUAACUUCAUUAUAUAAUGAAAUAUUCCAUGAUGAACUAAUUUUGGAAAUUCCACGACUCAAGCGACAUCUUAAAGCAGCAGGAAUCAAUUUGGAAGUAGUUAAAAAUUGGACAGCUUUAGAUAAUUUGACUUUCAUCACAGAAUGGGACAGAAACGCUUCCAAUGCUUUAUCUCACCCUAAGAUUAUUCUUAGUAUUUGCGUGUCCGUUGCAUCAUGGGAAAGGAGCUUUUCAAAAUUAAAACUGAUAAAAAAUUAUUUACGAUCAACUAUGGGUCAAUCAAGACUUUCUGAUCUUGCAAUAUUAUAUAUACAGUGUGAGUUUGUCAAAAGCAUUGACUUUGAUAACGUAAUUGAUAAAUUUGCAAGUUUAAAAGUAAGAAAAGGAACAUUUUAA